UGUACAGAAAAUAUUUUCAAAAAUGAAAAUCUAAAAAAGAGGUUGAAAUCCUCCUAAAUAUCAUUUUCUAACCCCAGAUUUUUACCCACAACUUAAUAUACACGUCUUAAGAUGGAGGCGACCACAACAGAGUCUUCGAAUCCCCCGAUGGCCGAAAGUUGUGGCAUUUGCAAAGAAAAUUUUGAAGGGAAGGACCCACAACUUUUGCCUUGUUUGCAUUCAUUUUGCAAACCAUGUCUGAAUAAUGUCAGCGUAGAUUCUACAGAAGAAAAUAAACCAGCAUGCCCAACCUGUAAGCAGGUAUACACUGCCCAAGACGUCAUAGAAAACCGCUUCAUAAUCGAAUUGUUGAACUCGAGAGUGACACAACCUGAGGAGAACAAGGACAACAUCUGCACAGGAUGUGACGACAACAUCGUUGCAUCGUCUUAUUGCUCUGAUUGUAUGGAAUGGCUAUGUGUUGCAUGCGUCCAAGCUCAUCGCCGUGUCCGGGUUACAAAGGACCAUACUAUUGUGCCCAAGGAGUCGGCUGGAGCCGAGGGGACUUCUGGGGCAAAUGCUAUGGAGAAAACCUUCCCACGUUGUCCAGUACAUCCUAAAGAGCUUUUGAAGUUAUAUUGCGAUACUUGUGAACAGCUUACCUGCCGUGACUGCCAGUUGGAGAAUCAUAAAGAUCACAAGUACGAUUUUAUAGAUAAUCACAGUGAAAAAUACAAGGAAUGGAUGAAGGAUGUCCUGAAACGAAUCGCAGAGAAGCGAGCAUACAUUGAAAAUGCCAAGGUGCUCAUCAACCGACGCUUCAAUGACAUCAAAGAGAAGGAACAAGAAGUUGGCAAUAAGAUCAAGAUGUUUGCUAUCCAGUUCAUCACAGAUAUCAACCGCAGGGGCAAGGAGCUGUUGAGUGAUCUAAAUGCUGUCUGCUCUGCCAAGAAGAACCAACUGGAACAGAAGCAUAAAGAGAUCCUGAAUCUCUCCAACAAGUUAGACCACUCUAUGCUGUUCACGGAGCAAGCCUUGAAUUCUGCCAGCAGCCAGGCAUUGCUCUACACCAAGAAAACCAUGAGCAGCCAACUUUUACAUGUCCUGCGAACACGCUGCGAGGUUCCAAACCCUAAUCAUCACAUUGACAUUAAAUUCAGCUUUGACAAGGAUAUUCUUAAGAACCAGAUUCCAAAUGUAGGAAAAUUGCAAGUGGAUGGUUUUGCUUACAAUGGUCCUCAUUCACAACAACUUGCUCGAAAGAUGCAGCUUGGCAGCCCCACAACUUUAAGCUUCAACUCCUUGUCACCAGAACAGAAAAAUGCAAUGCUGCUGCGUAUGACGUCGCAAAAUCGUCAGGCCCUGCUAGCGUCUGUUAGUCCGGUUGGUUCACCAUCUGGCUCCACUCAGCCGCGUUUCCAGCCCAGUAUGUCAUCAGGCGGAAAUCCGAUUGUUCACAGUAGACCAUUUGGAAAGGGCAACAACCAAAGCAGGUCGCUGAACCCACGGCCAAUCCUACCCAAGCCCCAGGGACUCGUUGAUGUGAGCCCAACAGCUGCUGCAGGUAUGAUGAACCUCCCUGACUACAUCACCACUGCACUACUUAAUGCUGCCCAUCAGCAAACCAUGUUCACAACCUUGCAGAGCAGCUCCCAAGGCCAGAUCUCAAGCACCAGUACUUCAAUGAACUGCACUGUACCUGCAUCAACAAUGAGCAUGGCAGUUGUCAAUGUCAUUGAGCGCUCGGGAACCUCCCCCAGUAGCACCAGCAGUACAGGAGCUGACAACACACGACCAUCAAGCUCCGACAGCGUUCACGCAAGCGAUGGCAUCCCAAUCAAAACGGAGGUCGAUUUGAAUCCAAAGACAUUUUCAUUUGAUACAGAUCCAGCAUCACUAGCCAACAUGAGCAUCAAGAGAGAGGUCCACAAUGAGGCUGAAACAUUGAAUAUGAGUGGUAGCCCUCCGCAGUCACCAGGCUCAACCAAUCAGAAUGAGGCAUACAAUUUGAAUGAACCAAUCACAGACCAAGCCAUGGGAUUCCAACAACAGCCGACGUGCAUGCCCGAAUCAAAUGAUCCGAAUGAAGACUACUGCGCGUGUUGCCACAAUGGAGGGGAUCUAUUGUGCUGUGACAAUUGUCCAAAUGUAUUCCACCUGAAAUGUCAUGUGCCAGAGCUUUCUACUGCCCCUACUGGUGACUGGAGCUGUGGUCUGUGUGUUAAAGAAGAAGAGUUGAUCCUGAAGGAGCCUGAGGUGAAGCACGACCACCAGUCAGGGGACAGGAAGAGGAAGAUGAAUGUCGGUCUCACUGAGAGAGAAAUUAAGGUGUGUGAGCGAAUCCUCCUGCAGUUGUUCUGUCAUCCGACCAGUCCACCAUUCCAUGAGCCUGUCAGCAAAGCGAUUCCAAACUACCAUAAGAUCAUAACCAACCCGAUGGACUUCACUACGGUUCGAUGCAAGAUCUCACCCAAGCAUUUCAACCACUAUUCCUGCCUUGAUGACUUUGUAUCAGAUGUCAGGCUCGUCUUUAUCAACUGUGCCAAGUACAAUACGGACUAUUCUGAAGUUGGAAAAGCUGGCCGUGAUCUGGAAAAGUUCUUUGAGGGUCUUCUGAAACAGUUUGCUCCCUGGUACGAAUACACCUUUAGCCAUCAAAUCAGAGAUACCAGCACCCCUAACAGUGACAAGUCUGACUGUAGCAGAGGCCCAACCAAGAAGAAGAGGAAGCCUGAUGAAAUUGUUCAUGUUAAUUAGAAUAGGAUACCAUUCCACUUUCUGUAAACCACGUGACUUUCAUGAGACAAAGGUUUUUACUGCUUUACAAUACAUGAACAUGUACAUUGUUAUUUGUGAGUGAAAUAGCAGUGACUUUCAGAAGCCUCUCUUUUGGGACAAAUUGGCUUCUACCAUCUCCGACACUGAUGUACUUUUAAGGAUGAAUUGUCUGCACUAUUUUCUGUUUAAUUUUUUUGUAAGAUUUGUAUAUCUGUUUUGUGUUGGUGAUUUGUAGUUAGCUUGUGUUUAAUUUAAAAUAUAGAUAAUUAUUUGAUUUUGUUUUGAUGAUUCUGUGUUAAUAGUUUCCCUUCACUAUCAGGGUCGCAGAUGCAUCUUCUCAUUCAGAUUUCACGCUGUUGAUAUCAGCUUGAUCAAAAUAAUUUUUUUGCAUUUCCACUUGAAUAACCUUGGAAGAAAAAAGUAAUCUUUUCUUGUUUUCCUAGUCUCUAUGUGAUCUCUAUGAUUUGAUGAUGGCAAUACCCACCCAAAUAAUAACAGUACGAUUAUUCAUGAAAUGUCAUCAGGAUGUUUUGUUUGUUUAUGUAUAAGUUACAAUAUGUCUGUGUGUCUAUAUCCUAUGUGACGUUUCAAAUUUAUGUUUUCUAGAUUUUAGUUUCUUCUAUGUCUAUUCAUUGCAUGAUGUUGAAAAAAACCAGAAUGUCGUUCUGUUUUGAGAAAGUCGGGCUUACUUUGGAAAUACAUGUCCCAUACUGGCUCUGUUUGCUCUGUUACACUCAAAGUGUUGUAUGUCCAAUGCACAUUGUGACAAGGUAUGAGACUUUUUGACUACUGAUAACUUCAUUGCGGCACAUUUAGCAAUUAUAUUUUACAGUCAAAUGCAUUUGUAGUUUAAUGAUGGAUUUCAAUUGCAUGGUGUAUGUACCGUGACCGCAAAUGUGGUUAAUUGAAAUGAAAUGAUUAAGAUAUUUUAUUCAAGAGGACCUCUCUGAAUUAUUUCUCUGGCGUCUUUUAUUUGAGGCAUUGGGCCAUGUGACAGGCCAGUAUCACCCCCUACUUGGUUACAAUGUCAAUGAUAUGUUCAAUCGAUUUUGUGUUUUUAUUUUGAUGUCUUUUUGUGCUCUGUCUGUUUAUCCUUUAAUCGAGAUUUUACCAUGAUUCAGUUGUGUUCAGUGAUGUUUAUCAUAAACCAGAACAACCAUAGAACAAUUCAUCUUAGUUUUACUAUGUAGUUCACCAGCAUUGUCAGUAAAAACUAAGUGUAUGUGGAGAAAACAAGCAGAUACGCUGGGAUACAUUUUCUUUCUAUUUAUUAUGUACUAGGCUGAAUCCUGAGUUUGUCUGUAUUUCAAGCUACUAUUACAUACACAUAACUAUUAAUAGACCAUUUUCAGCAUUCUCAUGCUUCAGUAUGUAAUCUCUGCAUUUGCUGUUUAGAUGGAUUUCGGUAGACCUCGUCCCUGCUACUAGUUCUGUCCUAGGAACGAGAUACUAGCAGAGGUAGUGAUUGAGUGGAAGAGACUAGAGAAAGAGUCUGAAUGUAUAAAGGUUAUGAUAUUGUUAAACAUGUAAUGCAAACUGAUAUAAUAGUAAAUGCUGCUAAAUUUGUGUUGCACAAAUAUAAUACAAUGUGAUAAUGUAAGUGUCCCUAUGCAAUCACUUUCUGUGUCUGAACCCUAUCCCAUUAUCAGAAUGAAUUACCAAGCAGCUGCCGCAAGUUAAGUAAAAAGGUCAAAACUGGGAGGAAGAACUUACAAUGAUUUUCAGCGUUGUCAUUAUCGUUGUGAAGUGUAUCAUAAACUUACAUCAUGGUUGUGUGUACUAGCAAUGCUGGUUUGGGAUUGAAUCCUAUUUGAUGAGGAUACCAUUUACUAACGUAGCUGAAAUCACCUAAACAACCAUGUGCUUGGUAUGGUGGCAAAACUGCAUUGGGAGUAAAUUUACGUUAUCUGUGGUUAUGGGUGAAUAUUAUGUUGUAUUUACGUUUUAAUAUAUCAAACAAAACUGUUUGUCUUUCACCAGAAAGUACGUUCACCUUUGUCAAAUCUCAUAGUGAUAUUAAAGGCAUUUUUGGUCACAAGAAAACUGGCCACUGCCACAGUAGAUUAUUCAGCGUGAGGCAACUGAUUCAAUGUCCUUGAGCAAGAAACUCAACUGUGCAGUUUCUUCUACCAGGAUGACCAUACUGUUGUGUGUGUUGACUCUCUUGUUUCAGUAUAUCGGUAGAUGUAUGUAUGUUUUGGUUGGAAUAAAGUGUGUGUAAAGCAGACAACAAACAUGGUGUUCCAAAAAGGGUUCCAGCUUUGUCCACUGUAAUGUCAUCAAUGGGUAAAAGAGGAAGUUUUUAAGGUGUUUUAAGCGAAUGCUUGUUGGGACAUCUCGUCUUUUGUCUGACUUGAUUGUGGUCGCAAUUUGGUUGUCUUUUGAAGAUGGUUUCUGCUUGUUAGUGCAAGAUAUUUUUGGAGCAUUUUUUCCGCCGAGCUUUGGAAUAAAAGUACUCACUAGA